AGGGAGGCAGCAAACAGAGGACUGGAACAGGCUGGGAAAUGAAGCUGCACUGGGGAUAAACAAGGAAACCGGCAGAACUGUGACAGUAACAACACUAGUGGGCUCUGUUUCAUUAACUGCAUAAUCGUGAUUAAGUGCCCAUUAACAUUAACUCCGCCCAGACCUGUCCUGUCCGGACACAAGGCACAAACCACAAAGUCCAGACAUAAACCAGGCUCUGCUUUACGUUGAAGGUGCAUUCUGUCUGCUAAUGGACUGCACUGCCAACCAGUCACUUAUACCAGCUGUGCUUCUGAGAAUUUGAGUUGUGCUUUUCUGACCCCUGCCUCCUCUGACACACCCUGAGACGGUUGUACCUAAGGCCUCACCACUUCCCCUCAACUGCUCAGAGUACUGCCAAGAGAUCCAGUGAAAAUGUGGCAGAAAAAGAUCUUUCUUUUCUUUGUGAUCAUCAGUACUGUCAGUCUGCUGCUGCACCAGGGAGGGCACUGGAACUGGAACAUAAAAUCAUUCCACUUCGGCUGCCGUGCUGUCCCUCGAGGCCCACGAUCCAAAAUCACCAGUGUAGUUUUCUUGAAGACCCAUAAAACUGCCAGCUCCACCAUGCAAAACCUGCUUUUCCGAUUUGCCGAACGCCACAACCUCACUGUAGCCUUACCCGUCCCAGCUUGCGGUCACCAAUUCUGCUACCCUCGCACCUUUACCUCUCAUUUUGUCCACCCACACACCCUCCCCCCGAAUAUAAUCACCAACCAUAUGCGAUUCAACAAAGCGGAACUACAGCGAUUGAUGCCUACCAACACAACCUAUAUCACCAUUAUGAGAGAGCCCAGUUCCAUGUUUGAAUCUUUGUUCGUCUACUAUAGCCAAUAUUGUCAAAGCUUCAAAAGAGUGGCCAAUGUAUCUCUAGAAGCUUUCCUUGAUAAUCCUUGGCGUUACUACCGUGCUGAAGAAAAGGAUUCGAUGUACGCAAGAAAUACAUUGACAUUUGAUUUGGGCGGGGACAAGGACCGCCCUGCGACAGAUGAGGCGUACGCAAAAAGCUUUACCGCACAAGUUGAGCAAAGGUUUUCGCUAGUUAUGAUUUCCGAAUACUUUGACGAAUCGCUCAUCUUGCUACGUCACCUCCUUAACUGGGACUUGGAGGAUAUUGUAUAUUUUAAGCUUAAUAUGAGGACGGAAAGCUCGAAGCAGAGUUUGAACCCACAGCUUUCGGCUAAAAUUCGUGCAUGGAAUUCAGUAGAUGCCCAUCUUUUCGACCACUUCAAUGCUUCACUAUGGCGCCAGCUGUCUGCUCUAGGCUUGGACUGCGUUGCAAGAGAGGUACAACUUUUACGGCAAGCUCAAGAAAAACUCAUGAGGACCUGUUUUGCCGGACAGACCCCCCUACGCUCCGCAGCGCAAAUCAAAAACAAAGAUUUGCGACCAUGGCAACCAAAUGGUAAAGUCGACAUAGUUGGUUACGAACUGCCUUCCAAUAUUAGCGUUGGGGCUUGGACUCCACCCGAUGUUUGUCUAAAACUGAUCAUGCCUGAAAUUCAAUACACAAAAGUCCUUUUACGUUCCCAGUCAAUACGCUAUCGGCGAUCUUAUCAGUAUCGUGCGCAUCUACCGCAAAAGGCAGUCCGCACAGUAGUGGUAAGACAUCCCCAAAUUCAUCGUAUAGAGCCAAAACCUGCCGUUGUACCAGCGCCAGUAACCAAGACAACCUCAAGUCCCAAAACAUCGGGAACCCAAAGCCAGUCUGCAAUGCAAGAGCCACAUUGACUUGAAAAAUAGCAUUUAAUAGCCUAUGUUACUGCAACGUCCAGCUGUGAGACCCUGUGUUAGCCAAUGUGGAUAAAACCAGGGACAAAACGCCAAGUCAAGCAAGUGCACGGGAAACGAAGAAAGAGGAGAGGACUUGCGAACCUGAUUUGAACUUUCUAAAAUCUGUGAAACGUAGCAGACCUGGUGUGUUUCCAGGCAGUCCGAUCGCUUACCUUUGCGACACUGAAAAGAAUGGUGAAUUUGAGAGAGAAAAAAAGUUCUCUUUGAAGAAAACCAUUGUAUAGGACUAAAACAGGGAUAUCUCGACUAAUUGUUUGACACAAAAUGGACUCUGUGUUUUGCCAGUCCCUGCGGUGGUCUCACAUUACGUUGAUUUCAUUCAUUAUGGGGGCUCGCUGUCAGUCGCCUUAUUACACCACUUUUUCUCUAGCUUGUGCUGACAUAAAAAGACACUCAAAGGGACAUUACAAUCGCAUCUGUGCAUUGUAACAUCUACACAAUCCAACCACUGUAUUCCAUUUUGUUUAACUUCUUUUAAGAUGCUAAACACUUGCUUUUCAUUGGCAAAGUAUAUUGAACAAAGACAUUAUCGAGACAUUAUCAACAGGAAAAAGCCAGCAUCUUCUAUGUGUACCAUAGCCAUUGCACCUAUAACCUCCUGGACAGUUUGCAUUGAAGAAAGUGGGUGCAAAUCAUACGAAACACAAUACAAUCACUCCACUCAAAGUCAGUGAAAGAGACGGGGUUUGUACCAGCCAACAAGCAAUCCAAUCUGCUCACAAUGGCACAAAUAAAAAGGAAGAACAACUUAACAGGACAAAGACUAGAGUUUAAAUAUUUAAUAGGGUCCAUUCACUGCACCUUAUGGGUCCACCUCUUGGGUUACGCUGUUGUGCAUUCAGGUAGAAAAGGUUGAAGUGAGAGUAAGGGGGUGGUAUAUUGUAAGACAGUUCAAAAUUACCAAUACAUUCACAAAAAAGAAGUUGACUUUACAAAAAUGUGUCAUGCCAUGUUUUUCCAUUUAAUUAAUUUAUGUUGAUCUCAGUAAUCUACCUUUCUAAAUAUUGAAAUAUUAAUUUUUCAAGGGCAAAACCAAUAUUGAUUGUAAUAUUAAUGUUUAUUUAUUCACAUUUUAGUUUUGGUUCUCAACUCAUCUUAUCCAGUCAAAGCAGAAUGAGCUAACUUUGGGUUGCCAGAUCCUAUGACAAAAAAUAUUAAACUCAAAAAGGCUCUUUAUGAUGUGUUCUACCUAAUGGCAACGCAAGUUCAUUGAAUGUAUUGUUAAUUGAUAAAAUAUUUAAGUGAAAUUUAGGUGGAAAGUAUAACAACAACAUUUAUUUCAACAUCUGGAAUUGCAACAAAAUAAUCAUGUGUCCUCUUAUUUCAGUUCUCAUGGCAAAACUAAAACAAAAUCUACAUGGGAAAACGGUUGCACCUUACUAUGUCUCCAGUUCUCAGCAUUAAAGUGCAUAUGACAGGUUUUCAUGUUUUUCUAAGUAUGUGGUUUGGUGGGAUAGUGCCUGUGGUAAAUAUUUAUCAUAGUUUUACCUGUCAUCAACACCAAAAAUUCCAUCCAAUUUAUGCAUAGGAAGACAUUUUUCUGGCUGUCUAAACCUACAUUUAAGUACAUGUUGUUUUGUAUUUGUCUAAUCAAACUAUUUUAGAUAAGUUUUGGUCCUCGUUAACAUUAUGGGUGCUAGGUAACAGUUAUGGACAGUUAUUACUUAUGCCAUAUCUGCUGCCCGUGUCCAAUCAGGAAGUAAAAUAAUUUAAUAACUUAACUGAAGGGAAAAAAAAAAAAAAAUUAAACUAUGUGUUUUAGUGAAAAAGUACUGUAGCCUGUCAUAUUCACUUUAAGAAUGAAAGAAAGACAUUGAUAUGACUAUCUGCAACAAAGGGUAUUCUUCUGCUUUGUUGGCCAGCCAAGUUGGCAUUACAGGCGUGUGAAUGAUUUAUUAAACUAUAUAUUAUUUAUUAUAUUUUCUUUUCUUUUUUUGAGGAAUCCCUAGUUUUAAACGGU